AUGAGGACUCCGAUUCCCCGCAUCUACCUUGGCAGUAUGACCUUUGCUUGGUCGGGUCAAACGAGUUCCGUCGUGGACGAAUCGGUGGCAUUGGCCAUGGUUCAAAAAUUCUUGCAAUUCCAAGAAACAUCCGACAACGACAAGGUGCCGUUAUUGGACACGGCACGAGUCUACGCCGGUGGCAAGACGGAGCUCAUGGUCGGAGCCGUUCUGGAUAAAUUAUCAGUAUCUGACAGUAAGAGCAGUAUUGUGGUGGGAAGCAAGGCCAAUCCGGCGCUUCCCGGAGGUCUUUCACGAAAAGGCAUUCAAGAGCAAUUGGCCACGUCGUUGGAUGCCAUGGCACUCUCGAGUUUGGGAGAAUAUUACCUUCAUCAACCCGACACGGAACAUUCGUUACUGGAGAGUCUGCAAUGCAUUGACGAAUUGAUCCACCAGCAAGACAAACCAAUUGCGUCUCUGGGCAUGUCCAACUAUCAUGCCGUCGAGAUGGAACGCGCCUUUACUCUCUGUCAAGAACACAACUUGACACCUCCCACGGUCUAUCAAGGACUCUACAAUCCACUGAAUCGAUUGGUCGAAGACGAAUUGCUUCCUGUAUUACACAAACACAAUUGUCAAUUUGUCGCUUACAAUCCCCUCGCGGCCGGUCUGCUCACUGGAAAACACUUGCAACAAGGCAAUGGUGUGGUCCCCGCCGGACGGUUCAAGGACAAUCCCAAUUAUUUGCCACGAUUUUAUACGGACGCCAAUUUUCAAGCCGUUCAAUUGAUCGAUCAGGCCUGUCAAAAAGAAGGCAUAUCCAUGGUCGAAGCAUCCUAUCGAUGGCUCUUGCGCCAUUCCCAAUUACGACCCCAAAUCGAUGGCAUUUUGAUCGGAGCCUCGUCUUUGACGCAAUUGGACGAAAAUUUGGACAGUUGUACGGCGGCGGCAACACAGGGUCCUCUAUCCGAUCAAUUGCUCGAGGCGUUCGAUCAAGCCUGGGAGCUCACGCAAAAAGAAGGAGCAUUUCCCUAUUGGAGAUCCUACUCGGCCGAUUUUCCCAAUCGAGAAUCGUUGCAUCCUGGGGCGUCGUACACGGUGAAAAAGUAA